UUUGGAUUGGCCCCAACGACGAGGUUGACUGGAAGUGUGCGGCGGAGGUGGUGAUCAGGGGAGGGGCUGAAGAAGGAUUGAGACGAUGAUGAGAUUAAACUAAAUUUAGUAAUACGUUACCCAUGGAUUGAAUCAUUUGUAUAUGAAACCUUAGCCUAUAAAAACAAAUCCAGAGAGGGGCUGAGAGGCUCUAAUGGAUGCUGUCCAUGCAAUGAGGAAGAGGUGGAAUCUCCACCGCCUCCCAUUUGUGUUCUUUCUAUUCUUAGCUUCAAUUUUUCACCUCAUUUUCGUUAUUUUUGCAUUUUUUUAUCCGCAAUUUCUCCUCCCCAUUCACCUAGGCUCGUUUCAAUUUCGUUUCUCCUCUCCGCUUGACGGUUCGACGAUGGCGAUUCAACUCAACAUGUAACUCCAACGGAAACACAGGAUUCAAGAAUGCCAGGAUCUGAAAGUGAAGCUCCCACUGUAAUUGCUUGUAAUGGAGACAUAGAUUUUGAAAGUGGAAGUCUACCAGAUCCUGUUGCUAAGGGAGAAAAACAUUCUGAAAAUCCUGAAUUCUGUGCUGCCAAGGAUCCACCGGCUGUUAUUUCUGAAGUUAUUGUUGGCAAUCGCCACAAAAUCAGUGGAAAGGAUAAUAACGUUGCAAUGGAGGUUCAUUCUCCCAGAACUUCCAAUCAAGGUGGUUUAAAUAGAGGCUUUAUUGAAACUAAGGCACCUAUUGUAUCUGUGAAGGCAGCUGUGUCUAAAUUUGGAGGGAUUGUUGAUUGGAAAGCUCGUCGAGUCUAUUCUAUGGUGGAGAGGAGUAAGACAAUGGAGGACAAACUUGAGGAUGUACAAGAGGAGAUUCUUCAGCUUAGGAAAAGGUCAGAGAAAGCCAUGGAGGCAGAAUUCGGAGUGUUGAAGGAGCUCGAAAAUACUAAACGACGCAUAGAAGAAUUAACACUUGAAGUUGGGAUUGCACAAACAGAAGAGCAACAGGCAAAACAAGAUUCAGAACUUGCCAAGCUUAGAUUGGAGGAAAUGGAGAAAGGAACCGCCGAUGAGAAUGAUGAUGCUCUAGCCAAGGCACAGCUUGAAAUGGCGAUGGCCGGGCAUGCUGCUGCAGUUUCGGAACUGAAAUCCAUUAAAGAAGAAUUGGAAGUACUUCGUGAUGAAUUUUCUUCGUUAGUGUCCGAGAGAGAUUUGGCUGUAAGAAACGCUGAUGAUGCUCUUGCUGCAGCUAAGGAUGGUGAGAAGGCACUACAGGAGCUGGUCACAGAGCUGGUAGCUUUAAAGGAAUCAAUGAAGUCUGCACAAGCUGCCCAUUUAGAAGCAGAAGAGCAAAGGAUGGUUGCAGAGGUGGCCAAAGAGCUGGAUUGUUCAAAAUGGAAGAAAGAGCUAGAUGAUGCGGAAGAAGAGUUUAGUAGACUCAAGUCGAAAGUUCAAUCAAUUGAAGACCUUAAACUGAAAGUUAAUACUGCCUCGACUUUAUUAUCGAAUUUGAAAGUCGAAAUGGUCGAUUAUAUGGAAUCGGUAAUAAAGGAAGAGGAGAUAAGUGAUGAACAACUCCUGAAAGGUGAAGUUGCUGAAACUGAAGACAAAGAAUCAGCGGUUCAUUCAACAAAGAAGGAAUUGGAAGAAGUAAAGCUCAACAUAGAGAAAGCCAUUGCAGAAGUGGAAUACUUGAAGAUGGCUGCUACUUCUCUAAAAUCAGAGCUUGAAGAGGAGAAAUCUUCUAUGGAAACCACAAAGAAGAGAGAAGGCAGACAUUCUGAUGAAGCUGCAUCACUUGAAGCUGAAUUAGACAAGAACAUGUCCGAGAUCAUUGUCGUUCAAGGAAACGCAAAAGAAGCUCGAGGAAAUAGUGUAGACUUGACCAAUCAAUUGAAGCAGGCAGCAGUGGAGGCUGAUCAGGCGAAGACGGUUGCUAUGACGGCUCGUGAAGACCUGCAAAAGGCGAAGAUGGAAGUAGAGCAAGCAAAGGCAGAAUCAAUAGCGAUGAAAAGAAGAAUAGUUGCAGCUCAGAAGGAGAUUGAAGCUUCCAAUGCUUCAAAAAUGUUGGCGUUAUCAGCAAUCAAAGCACUGCAAGAGAGUGAUUCCACCGAAACCAUGAAAGAAGAUUCAUCAACCACAGUAACUAUUUCACUAGAGGAAUACAAUGAACUCAGUGAACGAGCCCGCAAGGCCGAGGAGCACGCCAGCUUCAAGAUGACAGAAGCGAUUUCACAAAUCGAGGUCGCUAAGGAAUCCGAGGCAAAAUGUCAAGAAAUGCUGGAAGAGGUUAGUCGUGAACUCGUUGCCAGACAGGAAGGGUUGAAAGCUGCAACAGAAAAGGCUAGUGAGGCCAAGGAAGGAAAGUUAGCAGUAGAACAAGAUUUGAGAUUAUGGAGGACAGAACAAGAGCAAAAAAGGAAGGACAAUAAAGCUAACCAACAAGUAGCAAUUCCUACAACAAACCAAACGAGAUGCGUUGAGGCAAAAGAAUCAAGAACUGAUAAACAAGCAGAUUCUCCUGCUCCCCAACAGCCAAUUUCAAAGGAACAGACGCCAAAAAGCUUGGUUAGAGCUGAAUCAUUGGAAAAACCCAAGGAAGGAAAGAAAAAGAAGAGGUCAUUCUUCCCAAGAAUUCUAAGAUUGUUAGGCAAACAUAAGUCAAGUGGAAAGAAGGCUACAUAACAUGUUAAGUCUAAUGACAAGAUUCUUCUCUUUUUAAUACAUUAAUACGACCUUCAUCUCUUUAUUAUACUAGCU